AUGGCGACAGGUAAAAUCAAAGUGACAAAACCAAUGCUGUACGACGACGCUACCGUUCACCGGGUUCUCCGUGCAGCUCACGAAGGCCAAGAUUGGCGCGAUGUCGCGCUCAAGAACGAUGUCAAGCUUCGCACUGCUUACCGAUGGAUCAAUGCGGCCGAGGACAGCGGCAACUGGGAGGCUCUGCCUCGAAAGCCUCGUGGUGGUAAGCGCCACAGCAAGAUUCAAGACGAGCACGUCGACUACCUAGUUGGUCUCAUCGACGACAACUGUUACAUCACGCUGGAUGCGCGUGCGAUCCAGAUGAAAGAUAUGCCUGUAGGAGAAUAA